AGAGGCGAAGGGGCCAGAGGGGGGUCUCUUCGGUCCAAGUUUCUGUUUCCUUUCCCAUUUGCUAUCGGAGGCUCUCUUGGAGCUUCGUUUCUCUUCCCGCGAAGGUUGUUUGGUGACCCUUCUCCAUCUUAGUCUCUCUAUCAGCAGAACAAGGUUUCAAUUUGGUUGAAUAUGUCUGGGGAAGAGGAAGAAAAUGCUGCGGAGCUUAAAAUCGGUGAUGAGUUUUUGAAAGCAAAGUGCUUGAUGAACUGUGAAGUUGCAUUAAUUCUGGAGCACAAGUAUGAGCAGCUUCAGCAGACUUCUGAAGAUCCUAUGAAUCAAGUUUCUCAGGUCUUUGAGAAAUCAUUGCAGUAUGUGAAGCGCUUCAGCCGCUAUAAAAAUCCCGAUGCUGUCAGACAAGUACGAGAAAUUCUAAGUAGAUACCAAUUGGCUGAGUUUGAGCUGUGUGUCCUUGGAAAUCUUUGCCCUGAAACAGUUGAGGAAGCUAUUGCGAUGGUGCCCUCCAUUAAGACAAGAGGACGGUCUCAUGAUGAUGAUGCAAUUGAGAAAAUGUUGAAUGACCUGUCGCUCAUCAAGAAAUUUGAAUAACUACUAUUCCAAUUACCCCCAGAAGCUAUGGAUAUUCUGUGUUGUGCAAGAUUUGAUGUAUAAUAUGGUGAAGCUCCCUUGACUACAAACAAGGAUGUUUCUGUAGUAUUCAUACCUGUCCUCUGAUUUGAUAGUAAAACUCCUUUGAUCAGACCGUUAUGUUUAUGGUCUUGAUGCCAAAAGAUAGCUCUAGUCAUUGAAAAUGAUAGAUGGAAUCCUGGACAUUGAGAUGGUUACCAAGAGCUUGCAAUUUAUGUCUUUUAUGGUUAUAAAAUUAUAAAUUGAGAGAGAAUGUACAAAAUGUGAUUGUGAAUUCAUCUCUUGUAUCCAUAAUCUUUCCUUCCAUGUUCAAUGAUUGGCAAUAUGCAAGAAGGAAAUAAUUUAGGGCAAAUGUUAUAUGACGCUGCAGCUCUUGUGGGAUAUUGAAGUCACGGAUGUUUAUAUUGU